AUGGAAGAAGAAGUCAACAACGAGCUUCCUCUUCCUGACAUUGAGGUCAACAGUGAUGUUCCACGCGGACCAUUUGCACUCCUAAACAGGUAUGGAAACAAACUGAAGCGCUUGAGUUCCAAAGGGGGGGAAAAUAGCUCAAAAUCUCAGCUUCUUUCUGCUAUGACCAUCAUGAAUAUGGCUGAAAAAGUACUAUCUCAGUCCAUACAUGAAAAAAGAGGUGAUGUAUCCAACCUUGUGGAAGCUUUUGGAUCAGAUUAUGCUGAUUAUUUGAAGCGCGUCGUAUGGCUGCUUGAUGCUUCUGAGAAGCUCACAAAACGACAGUAUGAUGAGGCCGAAGAGCUGCUUGUGCUAGCCCUCUCGGGCUCUCUUGAAGGUCACCCUAUUGAAACAGUUCUCACAUUUUAUGGUAAAUAUCUACAGGAAAAGAUUGAAGUGGAGAGAGGAAGGAUAGAUCUUGAGAGAAAGGUUGAGCAUGUGGAUAUCGAACAAGCAGUGAUGGAUCUCAAAGUUGGCGUCGUUGAAUGUGAACAGAAACUCCCCUACAGCCAAAUCUCAAAUUUCACUGGGGUUCAGACCAUUCUUGACUCUGUUGCAGCAGCUGAGAGAAUUCAUUUCAUUGAUUUCGGGCCAAAGUUUGGGUCGUAUUGGAUACUAGUGAUGGAUGCUCUAGCUAGACAAGGCGUGAAGCAGCUCAAGAUCAGUGCAGUAUUCUCAGCUACAGAUAGUGUUGAAGAAACUGGCAAUUUGCUAACAUCUUUUGCAGAGUCCAUGAACUUGCCUUUUGUGUUCAAGAUUCUUCAUCUGGACACCUGGGAGUUUAAGAAGGAUCAUCUGCAGUUGGAAGCCGGUGAAACAGUGGCCGUUUUCAUGAAGUUCUGUCUCAUGCCAUUAUCAGAUCAGCCCAAUGGUAUUGGAGCUUUACUAAGAGGGAUCAAGGAUCUCAACCCUCUCAUAUUGAUAGUUAUCGAUGUGGAGGCAGAUAUCAAUGCUCUGGAUUUUGCUCAUCGGUUCAAGGAGGCGCUCCUCCUCACGUGUGCCUUAUUUGACAGCCUAGAGGCCUGCCUGGGACGGGGGAACCACUACAGAAAGAUAGUGGAGAAGGUCCACUUUCAGGAGGUGAUCUGCAAUGGCAUUCUGAGUGAAGAUGGUGGUUUUAAGCGAUGUUUUAAGAUUGAUUUGUGGAGAAAAUACUUUGCAGAGUUCGGUCUAGUGGAGAUGGAGCUCAGCCAGCCGUCUAUGCAUCAGGCAAGAUUGAUGGUGAAAGGAAGUCCUAGCUGGAGUUGCUGCACGCUAAAAAUGAACGGCAAAAGUAUGAUUAUUGGAUGGAACGGGAUCCCAAUUCAGUUCGUUUCUGCCUGGAAGUUCCAUUAUCCUGUUUCUCCAGCAAUAGAUCUCUUUAUUUUGCACUAA